AUGAUGUCUUGCUGUUGUUGCCUUGGACCGACUUGUAAAGAGGAGUUCCAUUGGAGAACUUUUGGACUUGCCUAUAAUAAACCAAAUCACUUCCACGAGGCUCAGUGGAGUUGGCCCAAAGCCUUCUAUGUGGUCCACUGUCUGUUCUGGGCCCUUUGGAACACCGCCUUCAUAAUCGCCAGUGGCUUUUGGAGCACCACGUGGUACACAACUGAGGACAAUAAGAUAAAAUGGUUCGUUUACCUCACAAACUGGGCGUACUUUAUGAUUACCAUUCAUAGCAUCUAUAAGUUAUGUACGGUCAUACAUUACAGCAGGACCAAGUCAGCAGACGGAAAUAGCAACAUGCCAGUACCCCUUAAGAUUCAGUGGAUUAUUUCCAAUAUUUCUUAUACGAUUGCUUUGGCCACUACGAUUGCUUACUGGGGCGUCAUAUACGAUGGUGGGGUCCUGCAUCCUAUUAGUAUAAUGACACAUGCCAUUAAUAGUGUUUACGUCAUCGCAGACAUCAUAUUUGGGGCCCAACCUAUCAGGGUCUAUCAUGGUAUUCACCCCGUAUUGUUUGGCGCCAUCUAUGCAGCAUUCACAGUCGUAUAUGAUGUACUUGGAGGUACUAAUGCAAAAGAUAAGCCGUAUGUUUAUUCUGUGUUGGACUGGAGUGCAAGUUGGUCCGAUUCGCUUAUCUAUUACGUCAUCAUUGGACUCGUGUUGAUACCAAUCAGCCAUCUUAUUCUUUACGCCAUCUAUAGGGCGAGGCUGUGCGUAUACUUGUAUAUUACCUCAGAUGAUGAAGAUUCGCGUAAGGACAAUGGACUUGAAAAAGAUGGUAAAGAAGGAAUGGAGAUUAAAAAUCCAGUUUUCACAAACGAUAAUGGCGAAUCAUACGGGACACUUUAG